AUGGACGACGACGACGACGACGACAUCCCACAGGCUGCUGGUCCCUUACUCGUGGAUGGCAGUGCUGGCGAAUAUGUAGCGCGUGGUGAGCGACGGACCAAAUCGCCAAUUUGGCCUCUGCUUGCACUCUUGCUCUUGGUGAACCUCACCACGAGCAUUCAAAACCUCCCGCUGAAUAGGCUCCUUGAACGGCGGCUGUGUCGCGAUUACUACGGCCCCGAUAAAGAUGUCAGCGAGGAACUCUGCAAGAUAGACGAGAUCCAGCAGGAUCUGGCGUGGACAAUUGGCUGUCUGGAAACUUUGUGGGUUUUGGGAGACUUUGCCAUGACCAUACCGCUGGGCUUCCUGGCAGAGAAGUAUGGACGGCGAGCCAUUCUCUGGUUGAACCUAGUGUCUAGGCUCUUCCUGCUGUCGUGGGCACUCAUCGUGGGAUACCUGAGUCUACCGCCGCAAGCACUCAUCGCAGGCUCCGCCCUUUCAGUGCUCGGUGGCGAUACUGUGUUUAACUCCCUCGUAUACGUCCUAGCAGCCAAAGUCACAGAUGACAAUGUGACCCGAGCGACGUACUUCAGCUGGAUGACAGCGUUGUCGUCUGUCAUCAACUUCUUGGGACCGGCAGUCGCAGCAGCGACAAUGUCCCUUCGACUAUUCCUUCCCUUCUGGCUCGGGAUCGGCCUACUUAUUCUGGCCAUCCCUACAAUUUCCCUGCUGCCGAGAGUGGCCAGUACUAUGUUGGUUGCGGACGAUGAGAAUCAACGGCCGCUCAUCUCAUCCCCAACUCUGAAGGCCCAAGCUUCCAACUCUACACUGCUCAGCCCGAUCGUCGAACGUGUUCGCACCCUUGUAUCUGUUGUCAGGAGCCAUCCGAGGAACCUCACGCUUCUCUUGAUCAGCUUCUUCCUCACCUCCCUCGCGAGCUCCGACACCAAGCUCCUUGCCCAGUACAUCUCGAAACGGUACCAGUGGACGUUUGCCUCGGCCGGCUAUCUGUUGUCGUUGAAAGCAGUGGUCAACUUUGUGCUCCUCAGCAUAGCCGUUCCUUUUCUACUCAAGGCUCGAAGAUCAAACACCCAGUCGCAAUCCCAGUCCUUAUCCGACCGAGGCAACCUGCGCUAUUCAAGUUUAUGUCUGACUGUUUCGGUCUUGGGCGCCAUAGCCAUCAGCAUAUCAGGCAGAGUGUGGAUGCUAUUCCCGAGCCUGCUGCUAUAUGCACUUGGGAGUCCGCUCCCAGUGUUCACAUUGGGGUUGUUGAAGUCCCCCGCGGUGUCGCCACAGGACGAGGGCAACCCGGCCGGCUCGACGGAUCCUGAUGCGCACAUUUUCUCGAUCGUCAUGAUGUCGAAGAGUCUGGGCUCUGUUCUGGGUGCCCCAUUGAUGGCGACCUUGUGGUUUUACGGGAUCCGGACUGCGAUCUUUGGGUUGCCAUUCUUCGCGUCAACUCUGGUCUAUUUGGCCGCUAUCGCUGUCUUCUCCGGUAUCAAGUUGGGAUGA